AUGUUCGCUUUCCUUGCAGUCGUGCUAUAUGCACCAACAUGUACGCAUGCUCUUCUGCACCAUCUCGCAGUCGGUACCACUAAUGGACAGGCUUUGUACUCGCUGGAGAUGGACGACGAGUCGCGGAAAGUGUACACAAUCCAAGCGAGAGACGCGGGUGGACCGUCGCCGUCUUUGGUUCUCGACCGUUCAAAGCAGCAUCUCUUCAGCAGUCGUCCACAAGAUGGAACCUUGACCCGCCACUCGAUUGCGCCGACAUACGAGCUCAUUAGCGAAGGAACUAUGGAGAUACCAUCAUCAUGCAACACUACUAGCUUCGGAUCCCUAAAGCUAAGCUCUUCGACUCAGAAUACGGCAAUAUGGGGUACCGCUAGUACCGGCACGUGCAGCAUUGUCUUUGGUCUGUCGCCAGACGGUUACGACACCUUGCGCUCGCAAGAAAUCGCCGGCGAUGUGCACUCUAUCGCUUGGAGUCCCAGCGGCCGUAAUCUGCACGCACUAGACUCACGCACUUCUCAGCAGCUUUCGACGUCUAUUUCCAACUUCCGUAUAUCGGAUGAUCCGACUUUGCAGGACGUGGUUGGUGUUGAUGUCCUCAUCAACGUCACGGACGCUUCGCAGAUUGUCGCACAUCCUACUGAAACAUUGAUGUACAUCGUUACCAAGGAUACGAACGAGCUAGUUGUCUUGUCGUUGGCAGGUGACACUCUUUUGAACACUUCUACUGUUCUUGUGCGAUACAGGUUGCUCCCAUCCUCUCUGGACGCGACAGAAUUCCAUACGUCGUCGCUCGCCAUUUCCGCUUCUAAAAGCACUCUGUGGACACUUUCACAGUCAUCUCGCCAAGCUAUUAUCACUUCUUUCAACCUCAACGUCACAACAGGUGAGGUGAUAAAUGUUGCUGCGCGAGCUAGCUGGCAGGGAUUUGGCGAAGGUCAGCUCACUGCAGCGCCGUUCAAUGACGGCGAUGUGGUCGCCGUCGCAAACUCCCCAACGGGUUAUGUCACUUUACUCGGCCUUGACCAGUCCACGUUGGAUACCGUCCAUGUCGCCGAGGAUCGUGGUAUUCACGACUACUUACAUCCAAUGGCUGUUGACAAGAACAGACGCGAAGACCUGCACAUGGCUGCAUCGAAGAUCAGAAGUUACGGUCGGGCUCUGAUAGAUGAUUACGUCACCUUGGGCGACAGUAUCUGGAUCGACUAA